AUGUUAACAACAAAUCAAAUUCAAGUAUGGCUUAAAGCAAUAUCACAAAUAAAUCAAGAUCCAGCUGUUGUAAUUCUUCGUUUAGAUUCUCCGAUGGAAAUUCCAUUAUAUAAUGAUCGAGAUGGUAUAGAUCAUAAAAAUCGUCAUCUAUUUAAACAAAAUAUAAAUAAACAAGUGAAUUGUUAUUUAUUUGAAAAUCAACUUAAUUCUUCAGUAUCAUUAAAUAUUUAUGAUCAAUGUCAUGGAACAUUAAUAUUACGAAAUGUUCAAAAAGACAUUGCAGGUAUAUAUGUAUAUACAGGUAAUGAAAUUAGUUAUGGUCUUGGAGUAAUUUUAUUUGAAAUAACAAAUUCAUUUCAAUGGUUUAACGGUACAAAAUUUUAUUCAUUUGAUCAACAAUCUAAUUUAAAAAAUGGUACUCAACUUUCACUCGCAUUUGAAACACUGAUUUAUUAUAAUUCAAAUAGUGAUAUAAUAUUAUGUAAUACUAAGAUUAAUAAUAUUAUUCAACAAGCAAAUGUAUUAAUUAUAAAUGAUGAUAAAAAUAAUUUAGAAACUUUUUUUCAUAUGGAAAAUUUAUCUUGUCAACAACAUCAACAAAUUGUUGAUAAUGAUUUACGUUUACUUACAUUUGUUUGUAUAACAAAAGUUACAUUCAUAUGUCCACUUCAAAUCGGUUCGACUUGUUGGAUUGAAAAUAAACGAAUGUCAAAUAUAGUAUUAAAUAUCGAUUCGCUUUAUUUUCCUAGUGAUAAGACAAUAACUGUACGAAUUGGUGUUUAA